AAGAGAGAGAAACAGAAAUUAGGGUUUUAUCAGAAGAGAGCAUCCGUCAAUGGAGAAGUAUCAUAAGCUUCAGAAGGUAGGAGAAGGAACAUAUGGGAAAGUAUACAAAGCAAUAGAUAAAACAACUGGACAGAUCGUAGCACUGAAGAAAACUCGUUUGUCUAUGUAUGAAGAAGGUGUUCCUUCGACAGCGAUUCGAGAAGUUUCAUUACUUAAAAUGCUUUCUCAAUCUAUCCAUGUGGUGAAAUUACUCUGUGUUGAAUAUCUUGAAAAAAAUGGAAAUCCCCUUCUUUACUUAGUUUUUGAAUACCUUGAUACUGAUCUGAAGAAAUUCAUCAAUUGCCAUCGGAAAGGUCCUGAUGCUGGUCCUUUACCCCCUCCUCUCAUUCAGAAUUUCAUGUAUCAGUUGUGUAAAGGGAUCGAAUAUUGUCAUGGUCAUGGUGUGCUUCACAGAGAUUUAAAGCCCCACAAUCUUUUGUUGGAUAAAGAGAAGGGUAUACUGAAGAUUGCAGAUCUUGGUUUGGGAAGAGCUUAUAUUGUGCCUAUGAAGCAUUACACACAUGAGAUUCUUACACUUUGGUAUAGAGCUCCAGAGAUAUUGUUGGGGUCGAAGCAUUACUCGUGUUCUGUCGAUAUGUGGUCUGUAGGGUGUAUAUUAGCUGAGCUGGAAAGAAGAGAAGCUCUAUUCAAGGGUGACUCAGAGUUACAACAGCUUCUUCGUAUUUUUGGGUUGUUGGGAACUCCUACUGAGGAGCAAUGGCCUGGAGUUACUUCUCUGAAAGAUUGGCAUGAAUAUCCACAAUGGAAGCCUCAGAGCUUGGUGCAUGCUGUUCCUUCUCUUGAACCUGAGGGUGUUGAUCUUUUAUCGAAGAUGCUCCAGUUGGAUCCCGGAAAAAGAAUCUCAGCUAAGGAAGCCUUGGAUCACCCCUACUUUGCCACCCUCGACAAAUCACAAUUUUACUCAGUAUCUGACACUCCUUGCUCGAGAAACUUUUGAAAAGAUAACUACUGUUUUCUCCAGCCUUGUAUGGGUUCUGCAUUUUCAUAUGGCAACAAACUGGGUUGCCAUACCUUUGGUACAUUCUCACUAUGUGUCCUGUCACUUGUAUAUGUUUCUUCUUAAACCAUCCAAAUUUAGAAUUGGCAUUAAAUUUUUGCCACAUUCAUUUCAAAAUCUAACAUGAUCUUACAUAAAUAUAUUAGUUCCUUUUAAUUU